AUGCCAAAAUUAAGCGAGAAUUAUUAUUUGAGAAAAUAUUAUCUUAAGAAUGAGAAAGUUCCAACUCAAAGCGUCAUAAAGGACAAAAUGUCACCAAUACUUGCUAAUGUUUAUUUUAAAUCAAUGACGCCAAAAUUAAAGGUGCUUGCUGGCCUCGAGCCUCCUAUGAAAGGCGGUGGAAGUGAUUGGUACCUACCACCGAAAGAUUUACUAGACGGAAGAGCUGUAAUGAAGCCCUUACACAGAAAAUAUUUAUCGAAAUUGGGUUUUAGCGGCAUUGACUAUUUCGGCGAAAAAAUAGUUCAAGAUCAUAAACAGCAAAUGGAAAAAGAAAAGCAACAACUUUUACUUGAAAAUGAUAUAAGGUGGAAAAAAUGUAUUGAGAUGGGCUGUCAUCAACAAUGGGAUGAGUCUUCAAAGGAACAAUCCAAAGAAAAUACUGCAAAAAUUCAACAGGCAUUUCAAGAAUUCACCACAUUGUAUAUGACGUCUAUAACUAAAAUAGAGUGUAUACUUUCAAAUGCAGCUCCAACACAAAUAGAACGAGUUAAGCAGGAGGCCUUUGAUAAAAUGUCAUCAAAAUUUGAAACUCUACUAAAGAAACAAGCAACGAUGUUAUAUGACAGAUAUACGAAUAAACUUGAAAAGGAAAAGAAUAAAUUAAAAGACGAGUUUAUUUCUGCAAUUGAAAAUUUACGUACAGAUAUGGGAAGUAAACUUCACGAUAUAAAUCUUGAAAAGCAUGUUGCAAUAGAAAAACUACGAGUUCUGCUACAGUGCCAAAAUUUAGCUUGUCAAGUUUAUGUGGCUUUAAAAGAACGAGAAGAAUGUAAAAAAGAAAUGGAACUAUCGAAACAUGAACAUGAAAAGAAAAUGAAACUUUUUGCCGCGAAAAUGAAAAUGCAAGAUUUUGAAAUCAGAUUGGCAAAAGAAAAAGAAAAGAAACAAAAAGAAUUCAUUCUGGUGUGGCAAAAGAAAGUUUGUCACGUUGUCAAAAGAUUUCAGGAAUUUGUGAAAUAUUGUUUACAUACUUUGCCGGAUCAUGCAGAGUUUUUUAUAAAUAUGGAAAAACUGAUGCUUUUACAACUCAGCGAAACUCUAGAAAACCCUAGUGUUGAAAAUAUAUUUAUUCUCGAAGAAGAACCGAUUCAAACUCCAGUUCCAAAGCCUCACCCUUUUUAUUUAUUUUGUGAUAAAGGGUACAAAGCAAAGGUAGAAGCGGACUUAUGUCCAAAACAUUGUACAUCUAGUGCUUCUCAGUUUCCUGUUAUUGUUGUCAAUAAAAAAUGUAUUUACUCUGUUUGUGAUAACUUCUACAAAUUUGCAGAAAAUGUUAAUCAAGUAUUGGAAAGGCGACGCGGAAGCGAUGACGACUUUACUGAUGACCACGAUUAUACGUACGAUAUUCCAAUUAAAUGUACUGCAUCGGACCAGUUGAGAGAAUUGAAAUUGGAAAGUUCAUUGAUGCAACUUCUCCAAGAAGAAUUUCCUAAUCAUAGAGAUGUUCAAAUAGAAUGUUCCGUUUGUAAAAUACCAACGUGUUAUUGUGAUAGCCAACCGAAAAAAACAUCUACCCAGAAAAUGAUAGAACCAAAUGAACCAGAAACUCGGCACAAAAAGGAUUUUGUUUCGAAAAUGGUUCCCAGAAGUGUAGAAUUAGAACACGAGCGGGAGCCAAAAUGGGAUAGUUACAUUGAAUAUGUACUUCCUAAAAGAUGUCAUUGUGCAAAGAGAGCUAAAAAAGAUUUGAAAGAACAUCUCCCUGCUUACAUGAGAAAUAUGUCAACAUACAAUAGUCCUGAUUUGCCAUUUUACGAAACAUGCACAAUGGAUAGGCUUAAAAAGCUAGUCAAAAGAACUCACGGACUACGGUCUCCAAUAAUCGUUAUGGAAGAAAGUGAAUCUAAAACAAGAAAUAUUAGCACGCAGUGUUCGGAUCAAGAAUUCGAAUAUUUAUGUACUUGUUUUUCUGAGGAAGAAGCAAAAAAACUUCUAAAGAACCUGUUGAAAGACAUAAACAUUGGUCAGAAUAUAACAAAAUUUAAAAUAAUGGAUGAUUCACUUUCUUCAACGCAACUUCAAAAAAGUCCUCGGUCAUUUGCGCGCGAUAGAGCACGUUCUUUGAGACAUUUACUCGAUGAUGCGCCAGAGUUAGAGGAAAUAUUUAUAAAAGAAAAUUGUGGUUUGUUUGAUAAUUUUAGAUACUAG